GUGAAUUCGAUUACACCUCGGAAGCGCCUCUGGGGCUCGCAAAGGUCGCGAGCGGGGUGACUGAAGCUGCGUUUCGGAAAUCGGAAACCACAACUCCUGCCUCAGUUGUUCAAGCCGGCCGAGCGUUUGCGAAGUUCUUCUCGCAGAGCAGCCGGUCCGCACACGUUCGCGCAGGAAAGUGGCGCUACCUCGCGGGCGACGUACUGGUACCAGAAAACCUCGUCAGCCUCUCAAACCUCCCCGGCGGCUUCCAGCGCCUCUUCACCAGCGUGCGGCACAAGUCUCGCCACCUGGCGCGAGUGCUGCACACGAAGAAAGCAGCGGAAAUUUGCAACGUGGCCACGUACGACCCGCAACAGGACUAUUUUGGUUUGGUUUGCGCCCUGUCCGAGGGCCGUCUCGGGUCCGUGCUGCGACUGCAGGACGGCGACGUCUUUCUUGCGGAAAAGGAGAGGUCCGUGGAAGAACCCCUGCCAAGUGUGGAAGCCGUGAACGAGCGCCUGCCAAGGGAAGAAGGGCCACCAGGCAAGGGCGUCUACAAGAUGAAUCCUUUGCUGCUCGUCCUAGACCCGGAGUCCUGGGCGCACGACGCGCUGGCGUACGUACAACAGCAAUGCCACCCCUUCGACGAGGCGGGUUGCUGGGAACGAGUAGUCGUCGCAGAAAGCGGGGCACUGCAGCAAGCUUGGGCCACAAACGGCAAACGAAACUUGGGUGACCGCUUUCCCGUGCACGAAAAACAUCUAUGCAACAAAUGCCAUUUUUCUCUUCAGUGAACACAAAGUUUGCAGCUGCUGAAGACCUCUUGCAUCGCCAAGUUUUUCUGCAACCCGAAAGACACAUUCGAAGACCAGCUAAAACUUUGUUGCCGAGGAGUUUAAUUUCGUACUUCAUAAGACCUCCCGCAGGUUCACGACAUUCUCAACAGCGAAACAGCCACGCGUUUUCGACAGCUAUAUGCCAC